AUGGAUAAGGAUGGACAAAGGCGCAGAUGGGGAUACUGGUGGAUUGCUUUGUGUUUGCUGAUGCAUUGUGAUCAGCCUGUUUCUGCACAGAUCAGAUAUUCUAUUCCGGAGGAGGUGAAAGAGGGAUCACAAGUAGGAAAUAUUGCUAAGGAUCUCGGUCUUGAUGUCAGUUCGUUAGAGCACAGACGAUUCCGUAUUGUUUCUGGAUCUGAGGACAGUUUUUUCCAGGUAAAUCAAAACAAUGGCAUCUUAUAUGUUCAUAAGAAAAUCGACCGAGAGGAGAUUUGUGAUGACAAUGGCGCAUGUUUGCUAAACUUAAAGAUUGCAGUUGAAAAUCCACUCGAAGUUCACUAUGUUGAGGUUGAAAUAACAGAUGUUAAUGAUCACUUCCCUUCUUUCCCAGAAAAAGACUUGCAGAUUGAAAUAGCGGAAAACACUUUAAAGGGAACUCGCUUUGGUCUUCCAACCGCUCGAGAUUCAGACGUUGGCAUACAUUCCAUUCGUUCCUAUCGACUUGGUCAAAAUCAUCAUUUUGAUAUAGAGAUAGGAGACAGUGAAUACGUGGAUAAAAAUCCUUUUCUUCUUUUAAAGAAACCGUUAGAUAGGGAGAUUCGGGAGAAGCACGUCUUAACUUUGACUGCCAUCGAUGGUGGAAAUCCACCAAAAUCAGGCACUUUAAAUAUAACUGUCACGGUCCUCGAUGUUAACGACAACCGUCCAGUAUGCAACAGAGACACAUACACUAUUACGUUAAAAGAAAACGCCUCUCCCGGUUUUACUGUAACAUUUGUUAAUGCAACUGACCCAGAUGAGGGCGUUAAUGGAGAAGUUGAAUAUGCUUACGGUAGGAACGUGCAGCGAAAAGUGCAUGAUGUAUUUGAACUAAACAAGGUGACAGGUGAAAUCCGUGUCAAAGGCAAAAUUGAUUUUGAGGAGAAUUACAUUUUUAGUCUGAGCAUCAUGGCUUCUGAUAAAGGGCGCCCUCCAUCAAACACUGACUGCAGAGUUAUCAUUAAGAUUAUUGAUGUCAAUGAUAAUGAACCAGAGAUUGAAGUCACGUCGCUUUCUAAUACAGUUUCGGAAGACUCAAAGCCCGGGACAGUCAUUUCUCUUAUUAGCAUAACGGACAAAGAUUCAGGGAUUAAUGGUAAAGUUGUUUGCAGCUUGUCAGAGAGUGUACCUUUUGAAUUGAAACCAUAUGUUCAGCAGAACAUGUAUUCUCUAGUAACCAAAGAGAAUUUGGACCGAGAAAUUGCGUCCCAUUAUGACAUUACAGUAACAUCUACUGAUUUAGGAAACCCAGCUCUUUCAGCUUCAAAAUCUCUGAGCAUAGAGGUGUCCGAUGUCAACGAUAAUACACCGCAAUUCCCCCACAGCCCUCUUGAGAUUUACCUGUUUGAAAAUAAUCCACCCGGACAGUCCAUAUUUUCUGUGAGCGCCACUGAUGAAGACAAAAAUGAAAAUGCUCAUAUUACGUAUCAUAUUAUAAGAGGCGAUCAGACACAAAGCGACAUGACUUCAUUCCUUAUCAUAAAUUCUGAAACAGGCGUAAUUAGUGCUCUCAAAAGUUUUGACUUUGAAACAGUCAAAAACUUUCACUUCUACAUUCUUGCAACAGACUCUGGAACUCCGUCUCUGAGCAGUAACGUGACAGUGAACGUGUUUAUUCUGGAUCAGAACGACAACGUUCCAGUGAUCUUAUAUCCAGUCAGCGCUAACGGUUCUGCUGAGGGUGUGGAAGAGAUUCCCCGUAAUGUGAACGCAGGUCAUUUGGUGACUAAAGUCAGAGCCUAUGACGCAGAUAUAGGAUACAACGGCUGGUUAUUAUUUUCACUGCAGGAAGUUAGUGACCACAGUCUCUUUGGUUUGGACCGCUAUACAGGACAGAUAAGGACCCUUCGCUCAUUCACAGAAACAGACGAGGCCCAGCAUAAACUGCUCAUACUGGUCAAAGACAAUGGGAACGUUUCACUCUCGGCAACAGCGACCGUGAUUGUCAAAGUUGUGGAGGCCAAAGAGACUUUUGCCGCAUCUGAUGUGAAAAACACAGUAAAAGAUGAAGUGGAAAACAGCGUGACAUUUUAUUUGAUCAUCACUUUGGGCUCGGUUUCAGUGCUUUUUGUCGUCAGCAUCAUCGUGUUGAUUGUAAUGCAGUGCUCUAAAUCGACAGACUAUUCGUCCAAGUAUUUACAGGAUACAAAUUACGACGGGACUCUGUGUCACAGCAUCCAGUACAGAUCUGGAGACAAACGGUACAUGUUAGUUGGACCCAGAAUGAGUAUCGGCUCUACUAUAGUCCCGGGCAGUAAUGGAAAUACUCUAGUGAUACCAGAUCGCAGGAGGAGAGAUUCUGGAGAGGUUCAGAUUUAUUAG